CAGUUGACUUGGCGGUUUGAGGUAGGCUGAUCAAGGGCUUGCACUGGCCGGCGCAUGUCGACCUGUCACAUGUUCCAGUCGAGUCUCCGAGCUCAAUCUGUGUGUAAAAAUUAUGUGUUGGUAGAAAGUUUAAUGACUCAGCUCAGUUGGUAUGCUAUGCUGUCUAUCUUUUAGACUAUGUGUUUGUAGAGCAAUAUUAUGUAUAUAUUAUGUUACAGGGCUAGGAAAAGGUUAAAGGUUUUUGGCGUUAGGGUUAAAAUCACUGUCCAAAACCUUUGUAGGAACUCUUUUCCAACCUUUUGGAGGGAGCUAGACUAGAAAAAAAAGAAAAAAGAAAAAAAAAAAUUUGGGGUGUUUGGGCUUCCUGAAGGUAAUACCCGGGUAUUAGGUUAUGGGGCUAGGGUAAGAUUUAAGGCUUUAGGCGUAUGGGUUAAUAUCAGUGUCCAAAACCUUUUUAGGAACAUGUUUCAGACCUUUUGGAGUUAGUUAUACCGAAAAAAAAUGAAAAAUGAAAAAAAUAUAUUUGGGGUGUUCGGGCUUCCUGAAGGUAAUUAGGUUUUGGGGCUAGGGUUAGGUUUAAGGUUUUUGGCGUAUGGGUUAAAAUAACUGUCCAAUAUUUUUUAAGGAACAUGUUUCAGACCUUUGGGAGUUAGUUAGACAAAAAAAAAGAAAAAGAAAAAAAAAUAUUUGGGGUGUUCGGGUUUCCUGAAGGUAAUACCCGGGUAUUAGGUUAGGGGGCUAGAGUAAGGUUUAACGUUUUUGGUGUAAGAGUUAAAAUCAUUUUCCAAAACCUUUUUAGGAACAUGUUUAAGACCUUUUGGAGUUGGUUACACCAAAAAAAAAUGUAAAAUGAAAAAAAAAAUAUUUGGGGUGUUCGGGCUUCCUGAAGGUAAUACCCGGGUAUUAGGUUAUGGUGCUAGGGUAAGGUUUAAGGUUUUUGGCGUGAGGGUUAAAAUCACUGUCCAAAACCUUUGUAGGACCUCUUUUCCAACCUUUUGGUGUAAGUUAGACCAAAAAAAAACGAAAAUUGAAAAACAAAUAUUUGGGGUUUUUGGGCUUCCUGAAGGUAAUAUCCGGGUAUAAGGUUAUGGGGCUUUGGAAAGGUUUAAGGUUUUUGGCGUGAGGGUUAAAAUCACUGUCCAAAACCUUUGUAGGAAGUCUUUUCCAACCUUUUGGAGUUAGUUAGACAAAAAAAAAAAGAUAAAUGAAAAAAAAAUAUUUGGGGUGUUCGGGCUUCCUGAAGGUAAUACCCGGGUAUUAGGUUAUGGGGCUAGGGUAAGGUUUAAGGUUUUUGGCGUAAGGGUUAAAAUCACUGUCCAAAACCUUUUUAGGAACAUGUUUCAGACCUUUUGGAGUUAGUUACACCAAAAAAAUGCAAAAUGAAAAAAAAUUUUUUUUGGGUGUUCGGGCUUCCUGAAGGUAAUACUAGGUUUCUGGGCUAGGGUAAUGUUUAAGGUUUUUGGCGUUAGGGUUAAAAUCAAUGUCCAAAACCUUUGUAGGAACUCUUUUCCAACCUUUGAGAGCAAGUUAGACCAAAAAAAAAGAAAAAUAAAAAAUAUAUAUUUGGGGUGUUCGGUCUUCCUGAAGGUAAUACCCGGGUAUUAGGUUUUGGGGCUAGGGUUAGGUUUAAGGUUUUUGGCGUUAGGGUUAAAAUAACUGUCCAAUAUUUUUUAAGGAACAUGUUUCAGACCUUUGGGAGUUAGUUAGACAAAAAAAAAGAAAAAGAAAAAAAAAUAUUUGGGGUGUUCGGGUUUCCUGAAGGUAAUACCCGGGUAUUAGGUUAUGGGGCUAGGGUAAGGUUUUAGGUUUUUGGCGUGAGGGUUAAAAUCACUGUCCAAAACCUUUGUAGGACCUCUUUUCCAACCUUUUGGUGUUAGUUAGACAAAAAAAAAAACGAAAAAUGAAAAAAAAAUAUUUGGGGUUUUUGGGCCUCCUGAAGGUAAUUCCCGGGUAUUAGGUUAUGGGGCUUUGGAAAGGUUUAAGGUUUUUGGCGUGAGGGUUAAAAUCACUGUCCAAAACCUUUGUAGGAAGUCUUUUCCAACCUUUUGGAGUUAGUUGAACCAAUAAAAAAAUGAAAAAUGAAAAAAAAAAAAUUGGGGUGUUCGGGCUUCCUGAAGGUAAUACCCGGGUAUUAGGUUUUGGGGCUAGGAUUAGGUUUAAGGUUUUUGGCGUUAGCGUUAAAAUCACUGUCCAAUAUUUUUUAAGGAACAUGUUUCAGACCUUUUGGAGUUAGUUAGACCAAAAAAAAGAAAAAAGAAAAAGAAAUAUUUGGGGUUUACGGGCUUCCUGAAGGUAUUAGGUUUUGGGGCUAGGGUAAGGUUUAAGGUUUUUGGUGUCAGGGUUAAAAUCACUGUCCAAAACCUUUUAAGAAACAAGAUUCAGACCUUUUGGAGUUGGUUACACCAAAAAAAAAUGUAAAAUGAAAAAAAAUAUAUUUAGGUUGUUCGGGCUUCCUGAAGGUAAUACCCUUAAGGUUUAAGUAUUAGGUUAUGGGGCUUGGAUUAGGUUUAAGGUUUUUUGCGUAAGGGUUAAAAUCACUGUCCAAUAUUUUUUAAGGAACAUGUUUCAGACCUUUUCGAGCUAGUUUGACCAAAAAAAAAAAAGAAAAAGAAAAAAUAUAUAUUUGGGGUGUUCGGGCUUCCUGAAGGUAAUACCCGGGUAUUAGGUUAUGGGGCUAGGUUAAGGUUUAAGGUUUUUGGCGUGAGGGUUAAAAUCACUGUCCAAAACCUUUGUAGGAAGUCUUUUCCAACCUUUUGGAGUUAGUUAGACAAAAAAAAAAAGAUAAAUGAAAAAAAAAUAUUUGGGGUGUUCGGGCUUCCUGAAGGUAAUACCCGGGUAUUAGGUUAUGGGGCUAGGGUAAGGUUUUCAGGUUUUUGGCGUAAGGGUUAAAAUCACUGUCCAAAACCUUUUUAGGAACAUGUUUCAGACCUUUUGGAGUUGGUUACACCAAAAAAAAUGUAAAAUGAAAAAAAAUUUUUUUUGGGUGUUCGGGCUUCCUGAAGGUAAUACUAGGUUUCUGGGCUAGGGUAAUGUUUAAGGUUUUUGGCGUAAGGGUUAAAAUCAAUGUCCAAAACCUUUGUGGGAACUCUUUUCCAGCCUUUGAGAGCAAGUUAGACCAAAACAAAAAGAAAAAUAGAAAAUAUAUAUUUGGGGUGUUCGGCCUUUCUGAAGGUAAUACUAUAAUAUGAGGUUAUGGGGCUAGGGUAAGGUUUAAGGUUUUUCAGCGUGAGGGUAAAAAUCACUGUCCAAAACCUUUGUAGGAAGUCUUUUCCAACCUUUGGGAAUUAGUUAGACAAAAAAAAAAAGAUGAAUGAAAAAAAAAUAUUUGGGGUGUUCGGGCUUCCUGAAGGUAAUACCCGGGUAUUAGGUUUUGGGGCUAGGGUUAGGUUUAAGGUUUUUGGCGUUAGGGUUAAAAUAACUGUCCAAUAUUUUUUAAGGAACAUGUUUCAGACCUUUGGGAGUUAGUUAGACAAAAAAAAAAGAAAAAGAAAAAAAAAUAUUUGGGGUGUUCGGGUUUCCUGAAGGUAAUACCCGGGUAUUAGGUUAUGGGGCUAGUGUAGGGUUUAAGGUUUUUGGCGUUAGAGUUAAAAUCAGUGUCCAAAACCUUUUUAGUAACAAGAUUCAGACCUUUUGGAGUUGGUUACACCAAAAAAAAAUGUAAAAUGAAAAAAAAAAAAUUUGGGGUGUUCGGGCUUCCUGAAGGUAAUACCCGGGUAUUAGGUUUUGGGGCUAGGGUAAGGUUUAAGGUUUUUGGUGUUAGGGUUAAAAUCACUGUCCAAAACCUUUGUAGGAACUCUUUUCCAACCUUUUGGAGUUAGUUAGACCAAAAAAAAACGAAAAAUGAAAAAAAAUAUUUGGGGUUUUCGGGCUUCCUGAAGGUAAUACCCGUGUAUUAGGUUUUGGGGCUAGGGUAAGGUUUAAGGUUUUUGGUGUUAGGGUUAAAAUCACUGUCCAAAACCUUUGUAGGAACUCUUUUCCAACCUUUUGGAGUUAGUUAGACCAAAAAAAAAAAACGAAAAAUGAAAAAAAAUAUUUGGGGUUUUUUCGGGCUUCCUGAAGGUAAUACCCGGGUAUUAGGUUUUGGGGCUAGGGUUAGGUUUAAGGUUUUUGGCGUUAGGGUUAAAAUCACUGUCCAAAACCUUUGUAGGAAGUCUUUUCCAACCUUUUGGAGUUAGUUAGACAAAAAAAAAAAGAUAAAUGAAAAAAAAAUAUUUGGGGUGUUCGGGCUUCCUGAAGGUAAUACCCGGGUAUUAGGUUAUGGGGCUAGGGUAAGGUUUAAGGUUUUUGGCGUAAGGGUUAAAAUCACUGUCCAAAACCUUUUUAGGAACAUGUUUCAGACCUUUUGGAGUUGGUUACAGCAAAAAAAAUGUAAAAUGAAAAAAAAAUUUUUUUGGGUGUUUGGGCUUCCUGAAGGUAAUACUUUGUAUUACCUUUGUACGAAGUCUUUUCCAACCUUUUGGAGUUAGUCUUUUGUAGGAAGUCUUUUCCAACCUUUUGGAGUUAGUUAGACAAAAAAAAGGAACAUUUAGGAACAUGUUUAAGACCUGUUGGAGUUGGUUACACCAAAAAAAAUGUAAAAUGAAAAAAAAUAUAUUUGGGGUGUUCGGGCUUCCUGAAGGUAAUACCCGGGUAUUAGGUUUUUGGGCUAGGGUAAGGUUUAAGGUUUUUGGUGUUAGGGUUAAAAUCCCUGUCCAAAACCUUUGUAGGAACUCUUUUCCGACCUUUUGGAGUUAGUUAGACCAAAAAAAAAGAAAAAAGAAAAAAAAUAUAUUUGGGGUCUUCGGGCUUCCUGAAGGUAAUAAGGUUUAAGGUUUUUGGCGUUAGGGUUAAAAUCACUGUCCAAAACCUUUUAAGAAACAAGAUUCAGACCUUUUGGAGUUGGUUACACCAAAAAAAAUGUAAAAUGAAAAAAAAAAUAUUUGGGGUGUUCGGGCUUCCUGAAGGUAAAACCCUUCAGCUUUAAGUAUUAGGUUAUGGGGCUAGGAUUAGGUUUAAGGUUUUUGGCGUAAAGGUUAAAAUCACUGUCCAAUAUUUUUUAAGGAACAUGUUUCAGACCUUUUGGAGCUAGUUUGACCAAAAAAAAAAAAGAAAAAGAAAAAAUAUAUAUUUGGGGUGUUCGGGCUUCCUGAUGGUAAUACCCGGGUAUUAGGUUAUGGGGCUAGGUUAAGGUUUAAGGUUUUUGGCGUGAGGGUUAAAAUCACUGUCCAAAACCUUUGUAGGAAGUCUUUUCCAACCUUUUGGAGUUAGUUAGACAAAAAAAAAAAAGAUAAAUGAAAAAAAAAAUAUUUGGGGUGUUCGGGCUUCCUGAAGGUAAUACCCGGGUGUUAGGUUAUGGGGCUAUAGUAAGGUUUAAGGUUUUUGGCGUUAGGGUUAAAAUCACUGUCCAAAACCUUUGUAGGAACUAUUUUCCAACCUUUUGGAGUUGGUUACACCAAAAAAAAUGUAAAAUGAAAAAAAAUAUUUUGGGUUUUCGGGCUUCCUGAAGGUAAUACCCGGGUAUUAGGUUUUGGGGCUAGGGUUAGGUUUAAGGUUUUUGGCGUUAGGGUUAAAAUCACUGUCCAAUAUUUUUUAAGGAACAUGUUUCAGACAUUUGGGAGUUAGUUAGUCAAAAAAAAAAAAGAAAAAGAGAAAAAAAAAUUUGGGGUGUUCGGGCUUCCUGAAGGUAAUACCCGGGUAUUAGGUUAUGGGGCUAGGGUAAGGUUCAAGGUUUUUGGCGUUAGAGUUAAAAUCACUGUCGAAAACCUUUUUAGGAACAUGUUUAAGACCUGUUGGAGUUGGUUACACCAAAAAAAAUGUAAAAUGAAAAAAAAAAUAUUUGGGGUGUUCGGGCUUCCUGAAGGUAAUACCCGGGUAUUAGGUUUUGGGGCUAGGGUUAGGUUUAAGGUUUUUGGUGUUAGGGUUAAAAUCAUUGUCCAAAACCUUUGUAGGAACUCUUUUCCAACCUUUUGGAGUUAGUUAGACCAAAAAAAAGAAAAAAGAAAAAUAUAUAUUUGGGGUCUUCGGGCUUCCUGAAGGAAAUACCCAUUUUAGGUUAUGGGGCUAAAGUAAGGUUUAAGGUUUUUGGCGUUAGGGUUAAAAUCACUGUCCAAAACCUUUUUAGGAACAUGUUUCAGACCUUUUGGACCUAGUUUGACCAAAAAAAAAAGAAAAAGAAAAAAUAUAUAUUUGGGGUGUUCGGGCUUCCUGAAGGUAAUACCCGGGUAUUAGGUUAUGGGGCUAUAGUAAGGUUUAAGGUUUUUGGCGUUAGGGUUAAAAUCACUGUCCAAAACCUUUGUAGGAACUCUUUUCCAACCUUUUGGAGUUAGUUUGACCAAAAAAAAUGUAAAAUGAAAAAUAAAUAUUUGGGGUCUUCGGGCUUCCUGAAGGAAAUACCCAUUUUAGGUUAUGGGGCUAGGGUAAGGUUUAAGGUUUUUGGCGUUAGGGUUAAAAUCACUGUCCAAAACCUUUUUAGGAACAUGUUUCAGACCUUUUGGAGUUGGUUACACCAAAAAAAAUGUAAAAUGAAAAAAAAAUAUUUGGGGUGUUCAAGCUUCCUGAAGGUAAUACCCGGGUAUUAGGUUAUGGGGCUACAGUAAGGUUUAAGGUUUUUGGCGUUAGGGUCAAAAUCACUGUCCAAAACCUUUGUAGGAACUAUUUUCCAACCUUUUGGAGUUAGUUAGACCAAAAAAAAAAACGAAAAAUGAAAAAAAAUAUUUUGGGUUUUCGGGCUUCCUGAAGGUAAUACCCGGGUAUUAGGUUUUGGGGCUAGGGUUAGGUUUAAGGUUUUUGGCGUUAGGGUUAAAAUCACUGUCCAAUAUUUUUUAAGGAACAUGUUUCAGACAUUUGGGAGUUAGUUAGUCAAAAAAAAAAAAGAAAAAGAGAAAAAAAAAAUUGGGGUGUUCGGGCUUCCUGAAGGUAAUACCCGGGUAUUAGGUUAUGGGGCUAGGGUAAGGUUCAAGGUUUUUGGCGUUAGGGUUAAAAUCACUGUCCAAAACCUUUGUAGGAACUCUUUUCCAACCUUUUGGAGUUAGUUUGACCAAAAAAUUAAAAAUGAAAUUAAUUUUUUUUGGGGUGUAAAGGCUUCCUGAAGGUAAUACCCUUGUAUUAGGUUAUGGGGCUAGGGUAAGGUUUAAGGUUUUUUGGCGUUUGGGUUGAAAUCACUGUCCAAAACCUUUGUAGAAACUCGUUUCCAACCUUUUGGAGUUAGUUAGACCAAAAAAAAAUGAAAAAUGAAAAAAAAAUAUUUGGGUUGUUCGGGCUUCCUGAACGUAAUUCAUGUAUUAGGUUAUGGGUUUAGGGUAAGGUUUAAGGAUUUUGGCGUUAGGGUCAAAAUCACUGUCCAAAACGUUUAUAGGAACUCUUCUCCAACCUUCUGGAGUUAGCUGGACCAAAAAAAAAAUGAAAAAUGAAAAAUAAAAUUGGGGGUUUUCGGGCUUCCUGAAGGUAAUACCCGGGUAUUAGGUUUUGGGGCUUUGGAAACGUUUAAGGUUUUUGGCGUAAGGGUUAAAAUCACUGUCAAAAACCUUUGUAGGAACUCUUUUCCAACCUUUUGGAGUUAGUUAGACCAAAAAAAAUAAAAAUAAAAAAUAUAUAUUUGGGGUGUUCGGGCUUCCUGAAGGUAAUACCUGGGUAUUAGGUUAUGGGGCUAGGGUAAGUUUGAAGGUUUUUGGCGUUAGGGUUAAAAUCACUGUCCAAAACCUUUGUAGGAACUCUUUUCCAAACUUUUGGAAUGAGUUAGACCAAAAAAAAUGAAAAAUGAAAAAAACAUAUUUGGGGUGUUCGUGCUUCCUGAAGGUAAUACCCGAGUAUUAGGUUAUGGGGCUUUGGAAACGUUAAAGGUUUUUGGCGUUAGGGGUUAAAAUCACUGCCAAAACCUUUGUAGGAACUCUAUUCAAACCUUUUGGAGUUAGACCAAAAAAAAAAUGAAAAUGAAAAAAAAAUAUUUGGGGUUUUCGGGCUUCCUGAAGGUAAUACCCGCGUAUUAGGUUUUUGGGCUAGGGUAAGGUUUAAGUUUUUUGGCAUUGGGGUUAAAAUCACUGUCCAAAACCUUUGUAGGAACUCUUUUCCAAACUUUUGGAGUUAGUUCGACUAAAAAAAAAAUAAAAAAUAAAAAUAUAUAUAUAUAUUUGUGGUUUUCAGGCUUCCUGAAGGUAAUACCCGGGUAUUAGGUUAUGGGGCUAGGGUAAGGUUAAAGGUUUUUGGCGUUAGGGUUAAAAUCACUGUCCAAAACCUUUGUAGGAACUCUUUUCCAACCUUUUGGAGUUAGUUAGAAAAGAAAAAAAGGAAAAAUAUAUAUAUAUAUAUAUAUAUUUGUGGUUUUCGGGUUUCCUGAAGGUAAUACCCGGGUAUUUGGUUAUGGGGCUAUGGUUAGGUUUAAGGUUUUUGGCGUUAGGGUUAAAAUCACUGUCCAAAACCUUUGUAGGAACUCUUUUCCAACCUUUUGGAGUGAGUUAGACCAAAAAAAAAUGAAAAAUGAAAAAAAAAUAUUUCGGGUUUUCAGUCUUCCUGAAGGUAAUACCCGGCUAUUAGGUAAUGGGGCUAUGGUAAGGUUUAAGGUUUUUGGCAUUAGGGUUAAAAUCACUGUCCAAAACCUUUGUAGGAACUCUUUUCCAACCUUUUGGAGUGAGUUAGACCAAAAAACAAAUGAAAAAUGAAAAAAAAAACAUAUUUGGGGUGUUCGGGUUUCCUGAAGGUAAUACCCGGGUAUUAAGUUAUGGGGCUUUGGAAUGGUUUAAGGUUUUUGGCGUUAGGAUUAAAAUCACUGUCCAAAACCUUUGUAGGAACUCUUUUCCAACGUUUUGGAGUUAGCUAGACCAAAAAAAAAAAUGAAAAAUGAAAAAAAAAUGGGGGUGUUCUGGCUUCCUGAAGGUAAUACCCGGGUAUUAGGUUAUGGGGCUAGGGAAAGGUUUAAGGUUUUUGGCGUGAGGGUUAAAAUCACUGUCCAAAGCCUUUUUAGGAACAUGUUUCAGACCUUUUGGAAUUAGUUAGACCAAAAAAUAACGAAAAAAGAAAAAAAAAACAUAUUUGGGGUGUUCGGGUUUCCUGAAGGUAAUACCCGGGUAUUAGGUUAUGGGGCUUUGGAAAGGUUUAAGGUUUUUGGCGUUAGGGUUAAAAUCACUGUCCAAAACCUUUGUAGGAACUCUUUUCCAACCUUUUGGAGUUAGUUUGACCAAAAAAAAACCAAAAAUGAAAAAAAAAAUAUUUGGGGUCUUCGGGCUUCCUGAAGGUAAUACCCGGGUAUCGGGUUUUGGGGCUAGGGUAAGGUUUAAGGUUUUUGGCGUUAGGGUUAAAAUCACUGUCCAAAACCUUUGUAGGAACUCUUUUCCAACCUUUUGGAGUUAGUUAGACCAAAAAAAAAUGAUUAAUUAAAAAAAAUAUAUUUGGGGUGUUCGGGCUUCCUUAUUAGUAUUAGUUUAUGGGGCUUUGGAAAGGUUUAAGGUUUUUGGCAUUAGGGUUAAAAUCACUGUCCAAAACCUUUAUAGGAACUCUUUUCCAACCUUUUGGAGUUAGUUAGACCAAAAAAAAAAAAAUGAAAAAGGAAAAAAAAAUUGGGGGUUUUCGGGCUUCCUGAAGGUAAUACCCGGGUAUUAGGUUAUGAGGCUUUGGAAAGGUUUAAGGUUUUUGGCGUUAGGGUUAAAAUCACUGUCCAAAACCUUUGUAGGAACUCUUUUCCAACCUUUUGGAGUUAGUUUGACCAAAAAAUUAAAAAUGAAAUAAAUUUUUUUUGGGGUGUAAAGGCUUCCUGAAGGUAAUACCCUUGUAUUAGGUUAUGGGGCUAGGGUAAGGUUUAAGGUUUUUUGGCGUUUGGGUUGAAAUCACUGUCCAAAACCUUUGUAGAAACUCGUUUCCAACCUUUUGGAGUUAGUUAGACCAAAAAAAAAUGAAAAAUGAAAAAAAAAUAUUUGGGUUGUUCGGGCUUCCUGAACGUAAUUCAUGUAUUAGGUUAUGGGUUUAGGGUAAGGUUUAAGGUUUUUGGCGUUAGGGUUAAAAUCACUGUCCAAAACGUUUAUAGGAACUCUUCUCCAACCUUCUGGAGUUAGCUGGACCAAAAAAAAAAUGAAAAAUGAAAAAUAAAAUUGGGGGUUUUCGGGCUUCCUGAAGGUAAUACCCGGGUAUUAGGUUUUGGGGCUUUGGAAACGUUUAAGGUUUUUGGCGUAAGGGUUAAAAUCACUGUCAAAAACCUUUGUAGGAACUCUUUUCCAACCUUUUGGAGUUAGUUAGACCAAAAAAAAUAAAAAUAAAAAAUAUAUAUUUGGGGUGUUCGGGCUUCCUGAAGGUAAUACCUGGGUAUUAGGUUAUGGGGCUAGGGUAAGUUUGAAGGUUUUUGGCGUUAGGGUUAAAAUCACUGUCCAAAACCUUUGUAGGAACUCUUUUCCAAACUUUUGGAAUGAGUUAGACCAAAAAAAAAUGAAAAAUGAAAAAAACAUAUUUGGGGUGUUCGUGCUUCCUGAAGGUAAUACCCAAGUAUUAGGUUAUGGGGCUUUGGAAACGUUAAAGGUUUUUGGCGUUAGGGGUUAAAAUCACUGCCAAAACCUUUGUAGGAACUCUAUUCAAACCUUUUGGAGUUAGACCAAAAAAAAAAUGAAAAUGAAAAAAAAUUAUUUGGGGUUUUCGGGCUUCCUGAAGGUAAUACCCGCGUAUUAGGUUUUUGGGCUAGGGUAAGGUUUAAGUUUUUUGGCAUUAGGGUUAAAAUCACUGUCCAAAACCUUUGUAGGAACUCUUUUCCAAACUUUUGGAGUUAGUUCGACUAAAAAAAAAGAAAAAAAAAAAAUAUAUAUAUAUAUAUUUGUGGUUUUCAGGCUUCCUGAAGGUAAUACCCGGGUAUUAGGUUAUGGGGCUAGGGUAAGGUUAAAGGUUUUUGGCGUUAGGGUUAAAAUCACUGUCCAAAACCUUUGUAGGAACUCUUUUCCAACCUUUUGGAGUUAGUUAGAAAAGAAAAAAAGGAAAAAAAAAAAUAUAUAUAUAUAUAUAUAUAUAUUUGUGGUUUUCGGGUUUCCUGAAGGUAAUACCCGGGUAUUUGGUUAUGGGGCUAUGGUUAGGUUUAAGGUUUUUGGCGUUAGGGUUAAAAUCACUGUCCAAAACCUUUGUAGGAACUCUUUUCCAACCUUUUGGAGUGAGUUAGACCAAAAAAAAAUGAAAAAUGAAAAAAAAAUAUUUCGGGUUUUCAGUCUUCCUGAAGGUAAUACCCGGCUAUUAGGUAAUGGGGCUAUGGUAAGGUUGAAGGUUUUUGGCGUUAGGGUUAAAAUCACUGUCCAAAACCUUUGUAGGAACUCUUUUCCAACCUUUUGGAGUGAGUUAGACCAAAAAACAAAUGAAAAAUGAAAAAAAAACAUAUUUGGGGUGUUCGGGUUUCCUGAAGGUAAUACCCGGGUAUUAGGUUAUGGGGCUUUGGAAUGGUUUAAGGUUUUUGGCGUUAGGAUUAAAAUCACUGUCCAAAACCUUUGUAGGAACUCUUUUCCAACGUUUUGGAGUUAGCUAGACCAAAAAAAAAAAUGAAAAAUGAAAAAAAAUUGGGGGUGUUCUGGCUUCCUGAAGGUAAUACCCGGGUAUUGGGUUAUGGGGCUAGGGAAAGGUUUAAGGUUUUUGGCGUGAGGGUUAAAAUCACUGUCCAAAACCUUUUUAGGAACAUGUUUCAGACCUUUUGGAAUUAGUUAGACCAAAAAAUAACGAAAAAAGAAAAAAAAAACAUAUUUGGGGUGUUCGGGCUUCCUGAAGGUAAUACCCGGGUAUUAGGUUAUGGGGCUUUGGAAAGGUUUAAGGUUUUUGGCGUUAGGGUUAAAAUCACUGUCCAAAACCUUUGUAGGAACUCUUUUCCAAACUUUUGGAGUUAGUUAGACCAAAAAAAAUAAAAAUAAAAAAUAUAUAUUUGGGGUGUUCGGGCUUCCUGAAGGUAAUACCUGGGUAUUAGGUUAUGGGGCUAGGGUAAGUUUGAAGGUUUUUGGCGUUAGGGUUAAAAUCACUGUCCAAAACCUUUGUAGGAACUCUUUUCCAAACUUUUGGAAUGAGUUAGACCAAAAAAAAAUGAAAAAUGAAAAAAACAUAUUUGGGGUGUUCGUGCUUCCUGAAGGUAAUACCCGAGUAUUAGGUUAUGGGGCUUUGGAAACGUUAAAGGUUUUUGGCGUUAGGGGUUAAAAUCACUGCCAAAACCUUUGUAGGAACUCUAUUCAAACCUUUUGGAGUUAGACCAAAAAAAAAAUGAAAAUGAAAAAAAAAUAUUUGGGGUUUUCGGGCUUCCUGAAGGUAAUACCCGCGUAUUAGGUUUUUGGGCUAGGGUAAGGUUUAAGUUUUUUGGCAUUAGGGUUAAAAUCACUGUCCAAAACCUUUGUAGGAACUCUUUUCCAAACUUUUGGAGUUAGUUCGACUAAAAAAAAAGAAAAAAAAAUAUAUAUAUAUAUAUAUUUGUGGUUUUCAGGCUUCCUGAAGGUAAUACCCGGGUAUUAGGUUAUGGGGCUAGGGUAAGGUUAAAGGUUUUUGGCGUUAGGGUUAAAAUCACUGUCCAAAACCUUUGUAGGAACUCUUUUCCAACCUUUUGGAGUUAGUUAGAAAAGAAAAAAAGGAAAAAAAAAAAAAAUAUAUAUAUAUAUAUUUGUGGUUUUCGGGUUUCCUGAAGGUAAUACCCGGGUAUUUGGUUAUGGGGCUAUGGUUAGGUUUAAGGUUUUUGGCGUUAGGGUUAAAAUCACUGUCCAAAACCUUUGUAGGAACUCUUUUCCAACCUUUUGGAGUGAGUUAGACCAAAAAAAAAUGAAAAAUGAAAAAAAAAUAUUUCGGGUUUUCAGUCUUCCUGAAGGUAAUACCCGGCUAUUAGGUAAUGGGGCUAUGGUAAGGUUGAAGGUUUUUGGCGUUAGGGUUAAAAUCACUGUCCAAAACCUUUGUAGGAACUCUUUUCCAACCUUUUGGAGUGAGUUAGACCAAAAAACAAAUGAAAAAUGAAAAAAAAACAUAUUUGGGGUGUUCGGGUUUCCUGAAGGUAAUACCCGGGUAUUAGGUUAUGGGGCUUUGGAAUGGUUUAAGGUUUUUGGCGUUAGGAUUAAAAUCACUGUCCAAAACCUUUGUAGGAACUCUUUUCCAACGUUUUGGAGUUAGCUAGACCAAAAAAAAAAAUGAAAAAUGAAAAAAAAUUGGGGGUGUUCUGGCUUCCUGAAGGUAAUACCCGGGUAUUGGGUUAUGGGGCUAGGGAAAGGUUUAAGGUUUUUGGCGUGAGGGUUAAAAUCACUGUCCAAAACCUUUUUAGGAACAUGUUUCAGACCUUUUGGAAUUAGUUAGACCAAAAAAUAACGAAAAAAGAAAAAAAAAACAUAUUUGGGGUGUUCGGGCUUCCUGAAGGUAAUACCCGGGUAUUAGGUUAUGGGGCUUUGGAAAGGUUUAAGGUUUUUGGCGUUAGGGUUAAAAUCACUGUCCAAAACCUUUGUAGGAACUCUUUUCCAAACUUUUGGAGUUAGUUAGACCAAAAAAAAUAAAAAUAAAAAAUAUAUAUUUGGGGUGUUCGGGCUUCCUGAAGGUAAUACCUGGGUAUUAGGUUAUGGGGCUAGGGUAAGUUUGAAGGUUUUUGGCGUUAGGGUUAAAAUCACUGUCCAAAACCUUUGUAGGAACUCUUUUCCAAACUUUUGGAAUGAGUUAGACCAAAAAAAAAUGAAAAAUGAAAAAAACAUAUUUGGGGUGUUCGUGCUUCCUGAAGGUAAUACCCGAGUAUUAGGUUAUGGGGCUUUGGAAACGUUAAAGGUUUUUGGCGUUAGGGGUUAAAAUCACUGCCAAAACCUUUGUAGGAACUCUAUUCAAACCUUUUGGAGUUAGACCAAAAAAAAAAUGAAAAUGAAAAAAAAAUAUUUGGGGUUUUCGGGCUUCCUGAAGGUAAUACCCGCGUAUUAGGUUUUUGGGCUAGGGUAAGGUUUAAGUUUUUUGGCAUUAGGGUUAAAAUCACUGUCCAAAACCUUUGUAGGAACUCUUUUCCAAACUUUUGGAGUUAGUUCGACUAAAAAAAAAGAAAAAAAAAAAUAUAUAUAUAUAUAUUUGUGGUUUUCAGGCUUCCUGAAGGUAAUACCCGGGUAUUAGGUUAUGGGGCUAGGGUAAGGUUAAAGGUUUUUGGCGUUAGGGUUAAAAUCACUGUCCAAAACCUUUGUAGGAACUCUUUUCCAACCUUUUGGAGUUAGUUAGAAAAGAAAAAAAGGAAAAAAAAAAUAUAUAUAUAUAUAUAUAUUUGUGGUUUUCGGGUUUCCUGAAGGUAAUACCCGGGUAUUUGGUUAUGGGGCUAUGGUUAGGUUUAAGGUUUUUGGCGUUAGGGUUAAAAUCACUGUCCAAAACCUUUGUAGGAACUCUUUUCCAACCUUUUGGAGUGAGUUAGACCAAAAAAAAAUGAAAAAUGAAAAAAAAAUAUUUCGGGUUUUCAGUCUUCCUGAAGGUAAUACCCGGCUAUUAGGUAAUGGGGCUAUGGUAAGGUUGAAGGUUUUUGGCGUUAGGGUUAAAAUCACUGUCCAAAACCUUUGUAGGAACUCUUUUCCAACCUUUUGGAGUGAGUUAGACCAAAAAACAAAUGAAAAAUGAAAAAAAAACAUAUUUGGGGUGUUCGGGUUUCCUGAAGGUAAUACCCGGGUAUUAGGUUAUGGGGCUUUGGAAUGGUUUAAGGUUUUUGGCGUUAGGAUUAAAAUCACUGUCCAAAACCUUUGUAGGAACUCUUUUCCAACGUUUUGGAGUUAGCUAGACCAAAAAAAAAAAUGAAAAAUGAAAAAAAAUUGGGGGUGUUCUGGCUUCCUGAAGGUAAUACCCGGGUAUUAGGUUAUGGGGCUAGGGAAAGGUUUAAGGUUUUUGGCGUGAGGGUUAAAAUCACUGUCCAAAACCUUUUUAGGAACAUGUUUCAGACCUUUUGGAAUUAGUUAGACCAAAAAAUAACGAAAAAAGAAAAAAAAAACAUAUUUGGGGUGUUCGGGCUUCCUGAAGGUAAUACCCGGGUAUUAGGUUAUGGGGCUUUGGAAAGGUUUAAGGUUUUUGGCGUUAGGGUUAAAAUCACUGUCCAAAACCUUUGUAGGAACUCUUUUCCAAACUUUUGGAGUUAGUUUGACCAAAAAAAAACCAAAAAUGAAAAAAAAAAUAUUUGGGGUCUUCAGGCUUCCUGAAGGUAAUACCUGGGUAUCGGGUUUUGGGGCUAGGGUAAGGUUUAAGGUUUUUGGCGUUAGGGUUAAAAUCACUGUCCAGAACCUUUGUAGGAACUCUUUUCCAACCUUUUGGAGUUAGUUAGACCAAAAAAAAAAUGAUUAAUUAAAAAAAAUACAUUUGGGGUGUUCGGGCUUCCUUAUUAGUAUUAGUUUAUGGGGCUUUGGAAAGGUUUAAGGUUUUUGGCAUUAGGGUUAAAAUCACUGUCCAAAACCUUUAUAGGAACUCUUUUCCAACCUUUUGGAGUUAGUUAGACCAAAAAAAAAAAAUGAAAAAGGAAAAAAAAAUUGGGGUUUUUCGGGCUUCCUGAAGGUAAUACCCGGGUAUUAGGUUAUGAGGCUUUGGAAAGGUUUAAGGUUUUUGGCGUUAGGGUUAAAAUCACUGUCCAAAACCUUUGUAGGAACUCUUUUCCAACCUUUUGGAGUUAGUUUGACCAAAAAAUUAAAAAUGAAAUAAAUUUUUUUUGGGGUGUAAAGGCUUCCUGAAGGUAAUACCCUUGUAUAAGGUUAUGGGGCUAGGGUAAGGUUUAAGGUUUUUUGGCGUUUGGGUUGAAAUCACUGUCCAAAACCUUUGUAGAAACUCGUUUCCAACCUUUUGGAGUUAGUUAGACCAAAAAAAAAUGAAAAAUGAAAAAAAAAUAUUUGGGUUGUUCGGGCUUCCUGAAGGUAAUUCAUGUAUUAGGUUAUGGGUUUAGGGUAAGGUUUAAGGUUUUUUGCAUUUGGGUUAAAAUCACUGUCCAAAACCUUUGUAGGAACUCGUUUCCAACCUUUUGGAGUUAGACCAAAAAAAACUGAAAAAUGAAAAAAAUAUCUAUCUAUCUAUUACUCAAAAUUGGGUUUAUGCUGUUCUUAUAUUAUGCAUAAAUCUUAACAGGCACUUCAGCGGUCAACCCUUUUUCACUCAGUUUACAGCCUGUGUUCUGCACAGAGUGGCCUCCACACAGCAGACAAACUACAAAAAAUAAUAAUAAUAAAACAGUUUGCUUAGGUGAUCAUUAAAAAUAUAUAUAUUUAGGAGUUCAACAACAUUACCUCAACUCCUGCAUGAGUUUUUUCUUCAGCAAGUGUAAUUCAUUGAAUUCAACAUCCUCUCAUCAUCACCAGACUAGACUACUAUUGGGCUAAACUAGAACCAAAUUGGACCAUCUAAAUAAAGCCCACUUUUCAACAUCUUUUUUUUGGGGGGGCUAAAAGACACUUCAGUAUGUCUUUGUUUUAAUCCUGACAAUACAUCAGUAUACUAGAUAUGCAUUUAGACUUAGGCUGUGUCUCAUUUCAGAGACCGCAUCGUGAUAAGCGCACUUAACGGCGCUUAGCUGAGUGCACUGCCGUUUUGAGCCGUUUUGAGCCGUUUUGCGCCGUUCUGUGCCCUUCCUGUGUCCCAUUUCAGAUACAGCAGCCACCGAACGGCGCAUCUGACGCGUACGUGAGGUCACCACGCGGCACGAACGGUGUCCCGUUUGGCACAAAAUACUAAACGCGCUUCAAAUUCGGUCUCAAAACCACACUACCCCCGCCUCUUUUUCAAGCGUGCAUUUAUGCACGCUUUCGUGCCAUCGGUAUCCCAGAAUUCUUUGCGUGCCGCUGCACAGCUGUGCAUUUCAGGUGAGAGGCUGGACUCGCUUGGAGACACAGCGCGUCUUCGAAGAAAAUACAAGCAAUCCAAAAACAGCAGACAGUCAGCUCAGGCUGUAUUAGAGCAUGAUCUCUGAACUCACUAAAAUCUGUUAACCAAACAUUAAAGAUUUAGAGACGAACUGAUCCGCUGUGUUACAACUAUCAAAAACAUUAGAAAUGAGAAAGCUGACAAAACUACAGCAGAGUAUCAGGACAACAUUGAGGUUUUUUUUUUCUUAUAAAAUUUAGAGAUUAAAGUUGUAAAUUUAGGAGAAUAAACUUGUAAAGUAUAUAAAGUCAUAAAGCUGCUUUUGUGGAAGGGGAAAUGACUGAAGCUGGUCAUCUGCAGGGUUAUCUGUGGAUGUAUCAGCGGGUCAUUCAGAGAGAUUUUGUGGUUUCUGAAGAAACAAUCAAACUGAUGAUGAUCAACAUUUGUGAUCCAGAGGGAGUCGUUGUCCUUGUUUGUGAAACCUAUACUGAAGCACAGUUCCUUCAAAUGCUUCAUGGUCCUAAUUUUAACAAAGUCUCAUCUGAAAUAACAGGAAACUUUAAUACUUUAUUCUCAUAAAUUAAUGACUUGAUUCUCGUAAAUUCACAACUUAAAUCUCGAAGUCCUUAAAGUCUUAAAUCUCAAUAUGGCCCUCAUACUCCUUCAUACAAAACAAUCAUUGGAUGAAUUGUGCUUGUAUGUAUCUACUAUUUUGUGUCUGUGCAAGGUCGCACAAUUAAAACAAUAAAUGCUGCGCUCCGCGGGUUUCCUUUAAGUCAGUCGUGACGCGAGCCUGAGGGCGGGGACAUUUGGCAACUCCACCAGGAAGUCCUCUGAAGGUCUCCAAAUGUCCCCGCCCUCAGGCUUACGUCACGACUGAUUAGAAAAAAAGCUGCGGAGCGCAGCAUGUAUUGUUUUAAUUGUGCGACCUUGCAUAGACACAAAAUAGUAGAUACAUACAAGCACAGGUCAUUCCCACAAAAUUCAUCCAAUGAUUCUCAUAAAUUCACGACUUAAGUCUUAAAAAAACAUUCUCAAUAUAGCCCUCAUAGUCCUUCAUACAAAACAAUCAUUGGAUGAAUUUUGUGGGAAUGAUCUGUGCUUGUAUGUAUCUACUAUUUUGUGUCUGUGCAAGGUCGCACAAUUAAAAAAUAAAUGCUGCGCUCCGCGGCUCUUUCAAGUCAGUCGUGACGCGAGCCUGACGGACCAUCUCACCCCUCUGAUUGGGUCGCCAAAUGUCCCCGCCCGCAGGCCCGGGUCACGGCUGACUUGAAUAAAAGCCGCCGAUCGCAGCAGGUGCAGGUGUAAACAAGCACAGGUGACAAAAAUGGAGAUCGCAUUGUGGCAAAUGGCUUUUGCCUUAAAUGAAGACUUGACGCUGCACCGCCGAGCAAGGCGGCGACGGAGGCGCCUUAUGUACUUUUUAUUGAGAAGGCGUGCCGAAAGUGGAGAGGUAAACCUGUUAUUUUAUCUGGCAUUCAUCAGCCACACGAUAGUUGUGCCAUUGUCACUCCCUGUGUAUCACGUGAAUUCCCCCUUUAAUUCACAACAGUACAUGUCAUGGAAAUCUUCAUAGGUGUCAAAAAAUAGUAUUUCGUUUACUAACAUCAGCUGAAAAGCCAACAUUGGCUGUUAGUACAUGAGACAUUAACCUGCACAAUUCACAAUCAUUGCAAGCGACAUCCAUGCCAUGACUGUUCUUUCUCCUGCUUUGUUCCUAACGCAUGCAGACCGGACCCCUGAACUGCAGGCUACAUACGGGGAUUCCGGUCCUCCAACGGUUUUUCGCCGGCGACGACACCAGGGAGGACUUCAGGCUGAGCCGAGAGUCCCUGGCAGUGCUGCUGGACCUCCUCCAUCAGGACCGGAGGCAUGGAUGGGGCGCCACAAUAGAGACUUUGGUUCUCCUCUUUUGGCUGGCCAGUGGGACAUCAUACCGGGUGGUCUCAAGGGUGUUUGGGAUGCCCCGCUCCACUGUCCACCGCAUCGUCCACCGAGUUACGGAGGAGGUAGUGGCCAUUCGCCACAGGGUCAUCUACCUCCCGAGGUCCGCUGACGACCUGGCAGCUGUAACUCGGGGGUUUGCAGGGCUGGCUAGGCACCGCGCUUUUCUCAAAGCUGCCGGUGCAAUCGACGGCUGCCAUGUUAGAAUUAAGCCACCAAGCGGUCCUGAUGGUCACUGCUACAUCAACAGAAAACUGUUUGCAUCAGUUAUCAUGCAAGCAGUCUGUGACCAUCAGGGCCGCUUUAUUGACACCUACGUGGGCUGGCCGGGGUCUGUGCAUGACGCAAGGGUACUCCGGCACAGCCCACUGUACAGGCAGAACAUCUACCCUCCUCCAGGGCAUUUCAUUCUGGCAGACAGCGGGUACCCGUGCCUCCAGCACCCACUCCCCCUCAUCACUCCCUACAGGCUGCAGGUGCGAGGUGUGGCGGCCCAGCGCUUUAACGGGCAUCAUGCCAGGGCACGCUCUAUAAUUGAGCGUGCCUAUGGCAUGAUGAAGACCCGAUUUCGAGCCAUCUUUUUAAAAGCGCUGGAGAUCCGCCACACCUUCGUGCCACAGGUACGUCAUCCCUGCACACAAUAUUUUUGUUAUACUUGAAUAUAUAUAAAUUAAUGAAUUAAAUAAAAAAAAACACGAAAACUUAUUAUAUAUUAUUAUACUUAUAUUGUUAUAUUUUUUUAUUUAUUAAAGGUCUACAUACUUUAUGUUCAUAUAAAUAUUCCUCUAAAAUUCAGGUCAUCACCGCUUGUGCCGUCCUGCACAAUAUCUGCCUGGGUGCCGGUGACACCAUGGCACCAGAGGAAGAUGUGCAGGACGGCAUGCCGGGGGAUGAGGUGGAGGACAGGCUGGAGGCAGUCAGUGGUGCCCGCUGGCGGGACAGAUUGUCCGCAGAGGUGUCGGCCCUGGAGGAGGUAGACCACGACCACGUCUACCUGUAAUCGGCAAGUACAAUUCAUCUAAAGUUUCUCCUCUGUGUGCCACAGAAUGUUUGUUGGUUACUGAUCAGCUUUUUAGACCUCAGAAGAUGCGACUUAAAAAUUGUUGGACUCUGUUAGCCUACUAUUGUUUCUCUCUUUAAAACAGGCAUGGCAGCCGUCGAACCAUCCCUGCAAACCCGGACGAUGUGGAGGACAGUGGAGACAUGCAUCCAAAACACCCAGACCACCCACAUGAUGUCCCACUGCCAGCAGACACCAGAGUCUCUAUUGUGGUGUCCCAUCCAGCCCAGCAGCACUGCCAGAGACUCCUGCUCAGCCUGGAGGAGGCACCAUGGGAGGGCAGGCAAUAGCCCAAAUGUCCUGAGUUGUUAAGUUCUGUUUAUACAGUGGUGCCUGUUUGAGUUAGCGUUUUGCCAAUGUUUAAAUCCGCCAAGGAGGUUAUGUUUUUGGUAGCGUUGGUUUGUUUAUUUGUUUGUCUGUUAGCAACUUUACGGAGAAACUUACAGACGGAUUGACCUGAAAUUUUCACCAGAGGUGCGUCUCAGCCCCAGGAGGAUCCCAUUACAUUUUGGUGGUGAUCCGGAUCGCCUUCUGGAUUGUUAGAGUAAUGUGUAUAAAAGUUUAUAGAAAUUAUCAGUAGCUUUAAAUGCCUUUACCUUUUGCUUCCUAACACAUGAGCAGACACUUGUGUGUUUUUCUUACAACUCUGAGCUUGCCUUCUUCCAGUAAGCAGAUAAGCAGAUGAGUACCUGUCUCCGCUGUGAACAGUUAACCACCACAAAGGAGACUGAAAUGUCAGCGGUCAUCUUGACAUCUACAGAAGAAGUCUGCACAUGCUUACUCUAGUAUAAUUAUGUGUCAUGAAAGUGCUUACGCUGCUGCAGAUUGUUUCCCCACCCUUUAGUGUAUGCAGCGUUUUGUAACUAGGGACCACCCUAAGGAUAAUGAAAAGCGAGGAGACGGCAAGGUACUCUUCAGAGCGGUUAAACAGUAACAGUAAAAGUUUUGGUGUGAAUCACAAUAUAAGGGGGGAUAUGAGCUGCUUGGUUGAGGUCUGCGCUCUCCGAGUGCUUUUCCAGUUUGUAUGUUGUUGACCUCAGUAUUUUAUUCCAUUUUCAUUUUCCUCACCUUUUAAUAAAAAGAUAUAACUCAAAAAUGAAAACUCUGAAAUCUUUAUUAUUCGAGGAUGUGUAGCGGUCGUACUUGCGUUGUGUAAUUAUUUCAGGAGGGAAACCGUACUUCUGUGGUUGGCACAGGCCGCCUAUUCAGCAUCUGGCAGAUAUUAACACAGUCAGGUCUUACACAAGACAUGCGGCCGCUCUUUCACUGCAAGCAUAAAAUUACAACAUAAGUACCCUCUUAAAUAUGGAACUUUAAAGAUAAUUAAAACAAAUAAUUACGGACAUCACAACAUGUGGACUUACCAGGCAAGCAGCGCAGGACAACUGUUGCUGCAUACCUGGGUUCACUUCCCAAAUCCCCAGGGGUGUUGCAUUUGAGGGCUGCAGGGAAUCUGAAUAUCAGUACUAAUCAUCCUUAAUAAAAGAACCCAAUGCGAGGCAUGGCAAGUGAAAUCACUAAACAUUAUUUGUAAUUCCGUUACGGAUGCACUGGAUGCUGUCUGGCCACCCUGUUGCCAACACAGCUUGAGGAGGGAUAAAUGAAUAGACUAGAGACGGUGUAAGCAACUUAGAAUUCUUUAAUAAAUUAAAUGCCAUUAUUAAUGUAAAAAAAUACAAAAUGUCCAUUCAAAUUAAAAAUUCCUUAAAUAAGAGUGAAUAUAAUAGUAACAUAAACAAAAACAAAUUAAUUACGGUCCGCCAUUUUUUCGAGGAGGGCCAGCAUCCGGUCCAUCCGCUCCUGGCUUCUGGCCUCAGCUUGUUGCUGAUUUUUAAUGUCAUGUUUUAUCAGAGCCAGGAGCGGAUCAGAUGCUGGCCUCCUCUUCCUUUGCGCUCUUAUGCUUGUCUGUUGGCCCAAUUCCAAACUCCACCCUAAGCCCUCAAGCCCUGCACCCUCAUUAGCUUAGGUUAAGUCAGCUGGUAAGUGCUUGGGAAUGGGAGUGUUUAAGGGCUCCAAAAGGGUAUAAAAGCAAUGGAACAGCCCUUUGUGACGUGCCACGUUACCUUGACGACAGACGACAACGUUGACAACCAAAGAUGCGACUGACACUUGCCUCUCUGGGCCUCUUAAUUCUGCAUUUAUUUCGCGGCCAGCGACGUUGCAGAAGAAAGGCCAACAUUGUUCCGCUCCUUUUGCACACACUUGCUCUUGAACAUAGACAACAGGUAAUUGGUAAAUAAUGAUUAGAUUGAUAAAUUAUAAAACCAGCAUUAAUGAUAGGUUAAGUGAUAUUGAAUGGUUUAAAGGUUGAAGCACUAGAUUCUGAAAGUAAUCACUGCUUUAGAGUGUUAGUUCAGUAUAAAAUGUAUUGAUUCAGAUAAAAGUUUGAAGUCAAAAUCAAUUUUCUUUGUUAUAAGAAUAACGCAUGCGUGUGUGUAUGUGUGUGUGUAUAUAUGUAUGUAUACACACACACACACACACACACACACACAUAUAUAUAUAUAUAUUUAUAAAUGCUGUGCACAUCAGCAUCACAUUGUCAUAAGUAUAAAGACUUUAAAAAGAAUAUAUGAGAAAUACGUCUUUUCCACGGGGAAAAAACUGGUGUACUUGAAGGAAAUCGCUGCUUUUGUGGAGGCAGAAAUGAAUAUGCUGAGGAUAUAUCUGUCAAUGCAGCCGUAAAUAUCCGUGAAUGACAUUGAGCUUUAGUUUAUGAUAUGAAUCCAUAUGCAGUAAUAAGGUGUUGGUGUCUCUGCAGGUGUAGGCUACCGCCGGUGUCAGAGACGUGGUGCUCGUCGGAGCUCGACUCCCUCUGGAUCACAAAUGUUGAUCAUCAUCAGUUUGAUUGUUUCUUCAGAAACCACAAAAUCUCUCUGAAUGACCCGCUGAUACAUCCACAGAUAACCCUGCUGAUGACCAGCUUCAGUCAUUUCCCCCUCCACAAAAGCAGCUUUAUGACUUUAUUUACUUUAUGACUUUAUUCUCCUAAAUUUACAACUUUAAUCUCUAAAUCUUAAAAGAAAAAAACCUCAAUGUUGUCCUGAUACUCUGCUGUAGUUUUGUCAGCUUUCUUAUUUCUAAUGUUUUUGAUUGUUGAAGCAGAGCGGAUCAGUUCGUCUCUAAAUCUUUAAUGUUUGGUUUACAGAUUUUAGUGAGUUCAGAGAUCAUGCUCUAAUACAGCCUGAGCUGACUGUCUGCUGUUUUUGGAUUGCUUGUAAUUUCUUCGAAGACGCGCUGUGUCUCCAAGCGAGUCCAGCCUCUCACCUGACAUGCGCAGCUGUGCAAAGCAUUCUGGGAUACCGACGGCACGAAAGCGUGCAUAAAUGCACGCUUGAAAACAUGCUAAGCGCGCUUAGCAUUUUUUAGCAUCUCGUGCCAAAUGGGACACCGUUCGCACCGUCGUGACGUCAUGCACGCUUCAAAUGC